AUGGAUGUACAAAAAAAAAAAUGCAAAACGUAUUAUUUGAUAGCUAUACUGAUAUGGUUUAUAUUAAUAUCAGUAGUAUUAUCCAGGGGUGAAAUAAUAAACAAACAUGUUAAAAAAAAGGAAGGGAAUUAUAAAAAUUAUGAGGACCUCGACUCGGAUAUAAAUAAAAAAAAUAAUUAUUAUGAUGACAAACAUAAAAAUAAGAGGCUUCUAAGUGAUACUAAUAUAAAUAAUGAUAAUAAUAUAAAUAAUAAUAAUAAUAUAAAUAAUGAUAAUAAUAUAAAUAAUGAUAAUAAUAUAAAUAAUGAUAAUAAUAUAAAUAAUGAUAAUAAUAUAAAUAAUGAUAAUAAUAUAAAUAAUGAUAAUAAUAUAAAUAAUGAUAAUAAUAUAAAUAAUGAUAAUAAUAUAAAUAAUGAUAAUAUAAAUAACAAUAAUAAUAAUAAUUCUCUUUAUAAUAAUAAUUCUUUUUAUAAUAAUAAUUCCUUUUAUAAUAAUAAUUCUCUUUAUAAUAAUAAUUAUCUUUAUAAUAAUUACACGCACCCCAAACAACAAGAUGGUCAUAAGAACCAUCCGGAAGAAAAUAAAAAUUACACAUAUGAUGAUAAAACAAAAUUUACAAAGUUUAAUAAACACAAAAAUGAAGAAUUAUUCACCCCCAAUCCCCCUCUUAAUUAUGAAAAGCAAACAUUAUCAAACCAUCAAAACAUUAAUUUUGAUUCUACUGUGGAGGAGGGGAAUAAGGACCUGAACAAUUCAGGAAAUAUUAUAAGUCAAGAAUUGGAAAAAAAAUUAUCAACAGAUAAUCAUAAGGAAGAAGGAGAAAGGAAGAAAGAAGAAACUAAUAAGAAGCAUGAUAUAGAUACAAAUAAUAUGGAUGAUAAUGAAGAAAAAAAUAUUUAUGAAUAUUUUAAUAAAAAAACAAAAGACAAUUUCGAUGGACUUAUAUUAAAUAUAUAUUUUACACCUAAUAAUAAUUUAUAUACAAAAGUAAAAGUAGGUGACCAAGUUUUAAAGUUAUCAUUAAAUAGUAGAUUAGAAGGCGUUUAUGUGUUUAUGAAAGAUUCUCCUGCAUGUUAUUUAGAAGAUGAUGAUAAGAGAACUUGUUAUAAUCCUCUUAUGUCAAGAAAUUCUACAUGGUGUAACAAUGAUUUAAUGUGUCUCCCCGCUAUUCUAACCAAACCAUAUGAAUGUUAUGAGGAUAGUUCUUUGAAUUUAGAAAACAAGGUUCAAUAUCCUAAUGUGUAUUAUGAUUCUCUAAAAUUUAACGAGACUCAUAUUGAAGGGUCAGAUGAUUUAGAGUUCAUAGACCUAGUGGGUGUUCAGACAAAAUAUAUUAGAAAUAAAAAGAAGAAAAUGGAUGUUAAUAAAAUGAUGAGUAAUGAAAAUAAAAGUAUGGAUCCUAAACAUGUGGAAAAUAAUUUACAGAAUAAUAAUAUUUUAAAAAGAGAUAAUAUUAUCAUAAAACCAAGAGUUAAAUUAUCAGAAAAUUCAAAUCUUCUUUUCCAAGGUGUAGAUAUAAAACUUGUAGUAGAUAUGACUUUUUAUAAUGACUGGAAUUUAUUUAAAGAUACGGAUGGUAUGUUUGGUUUGGCUGGGAAAGAAUUGAGCUGUAGAAAUAUAAGUGCAUGGAAUAAUAUUUUAGAAAACAAUAAUUCUAUAUUUGCUUUAGAUAUAAAUUUGCCAAAUGAUGCUAUAAAAACAUACCCCACCCCACCUGUUAAUAGUGUAGGUACAUUAUAUUAUGAAUAUGAUUUAAAAAAAAAUGGAGAUAAUAAAAAAUCGAGUGAUCAAAAUAUAAAUAAUGUAAAGGAUAAUAUGAUAGAUAACAAAAAUGUUGAUGUGGGGGUUCAAAAUAUAAACGAAUUUGAGACAUCUAGUUCUGUUAUACAUAUAGGUAAUUAUAGUAAAGAAUAUGGAAACAUUAUUUGGUCAGAACCACGAGAAAGAGGAGGUAUAUUUUCAGAUUCUUUUAUUCAAUUUACUAUAUAUAACCUAGAAGUAUGUAAUAAAAAUAUAUUUGGUAAAUAUAGUAGUAACUGGCAAGCCAUAAUUGAUUUGAGUAGCCAAUGUUUAGUACUCCCAAAAAUGUUUUGGUUAAGUCUUAUGGAGUACCUCCCAGUAAAUAAGGAUGACGAUAGAUGUAUAAGAAAAAAUAUGAACCCUAAUAAUAACAACAACAACAACAAAAACAAUGACAAUAAUAAUAACAACAACAAAAACAAUGACAAUAAUAAUAACAACAACAAAAACAAUGACAAUAAUAAUAACAACAACAAAAACAAUGACAAUAAUAAUAACAACAACAAAAACAAUGACAAUAAUAAUAACAACAACAAAAACAAUGACAAUAAUAAUAACAACAACAAAAACAAUGACAAUAAUAAUGGUGAUAAUGUAGAUUAUGAAGAAAAUAGCUUACCCAGAAUGUGUUCUGUUGAUCAUAGGAAUAGACCCUUACCAACAUUAAAAUUUUUCCUAUCGGACAAUGACAUAGUCAGUGAUAAUAACAUUUAUAGUUCUCCUGAAUCGGAAAAUAAAGGGAAGAAUGAAAAGAAAAAUGAGAAACAAGCUAUUUAUAUACCAUUAGAUAAUUUAAUUAUAAACGAUAAAAAGAAUAAUCAAAAUUAUCUAUGUGUUAUACCUGAUGUACAUGAUGGUAGGUCAACCGAGAAUAGCGCUAGAACAACAAAACCAUUAAUUAAAUUUGGUACUUAUGUUUUAAAUAAUUUUUAUGUAGUUGUUGAUCAAGAAAAUUAUAAAGUAGGUUUUGCAAAUAAAAAAAGCUUUCAUACAUCAAAUGAAAAAUGUACACAAAGAACUCAAUGUAUAGGUGAUCAAUAUUAUGAACCAGCCCUUAAUAUCUGUGUAGAUCCUGAUUGUUCUAUAUGGUAUUUUUAUACAUUGAAUGAUCAAACCAAAAAAUGUGAAUCCUUAUCAUCAAGAUUUUAUGUCUUUAUAAUAAUCAUUUUGACAUUAUUAAUACUGGACAUACAAUCGUAUUACUUCUAUAGAAAAUCAGUGCAUGUCGCAAAAACAUCUUCUCGAUAG